CAUAUAGAUAGAUACUCUUACUUUCGCACUUCAACUUUCUCAUUAGGAAAAAAGAAGAGUAAUAAUGGAGAGACAAAAGAGUUUAAUGGAGAGACAGAAAAGCAUGGAAAGUGGUUUACUCAGGAAGAGUCUCAGCAUAAGAGAAAGAAAACACCCAAACGACGACGGUUAUCUUGAAACCCGCUUACCAUCAAAGAGGCAUAAAGAAGUGAAGAAACAUCAAAAUGAAGAUGGUGAAUGUUGUGUCACAACCUCUGUGUGCCUUAUCACCUUUAUAGUCGUUACUGGCUCUUUCUGCGUUGGUUGUGGUACCGGUUAUUCUUCCGUUGCACAACAUGGAAUUGUCAGCGAUUUAUCUCUCUCAGUUGCACAAUACUCAAUGUUCGGGUCAAUCUUGACAUUAGGAGGACUCCUUGGUGCAGUAUUUAGCGGUAAAAUCUCUGAUGUUAUGGGAAGAAAACGAACAAUGUUUUUCUGUGAAGCUUUGUGCGCAACAGGCUGGCUAUGUAUCGCAUUGGCUAAGGAUGCACUUUGGCUGGACAGUGGAAGAUUCCUACUUGGAAUAGGGGUUGGCAUCUUUAGCUACGUGAUUCCCGUGUAUAUCGCGGAAAUAGCACCAAAACAUGUUCGAGGAUCGUUCGUGUUUGCUAAUCAGCUAAUGCAAAAUUUUGGGGUUUCAUUAUUUUUCAUCAUUGGAAAUUUUAUUUCCUGGAGAUUUCUAUCAAUAAUUGGUAUGAUUCCAUGUGUUCUUCACGUCGUUUGUCUAUUCUUCAUUCCUGAGUCUCCUAGAUGGCUGGCAAAAUCUGGUCGUGAUAAAGAAUGCAGAGCUGCUCUACAACACCUAAGAGGCCAUGACGUGGACAUCUCACAAGAAGCUAACGCAAUUAAAGAUACAAUGGAAACUUCAAAACAAAGCGGUGAAACUGGAUUUGUCGAACUGUUUCAGAGGCGAUAUGUAUUUCCGUUAAUUAUCGGAGUUGGUUUGAUGCUCUUGCAACAACUGUCCGGUAGCGCAGGUGUUAUCUAUUAUGCUAGUAGCCUCUAUGAAAGAGGAGGUUUCCCUACUGCUAUUGGCACAUCUGUAAUGGCGACAAUCAUGAUACCAAAAGCGAUGAUUGGAACAAUCAUUGUUGAUAAAAUGGGAAGAAGAACUCUACUUAUGGCUUCUUGUGCUGGAAUGGGUCUGUUUGCUCUGCUCUUAAGUGUUACCUAUAGUCUUCAGACAUUCGGCAUUCUACCAGAACUCACUCCACUUUUUACCUUCAUCAGCGUACUGGGUUAUGUUAUAUCAUAUGCUUUGGGCAUGGGAGGGCUACCAUGGAUUAUAAUGUCUGAGAUAUUUCCUAUGAACGUAAAAGUUUCAGCUGGAACUUUAGUUACUGUUACCAACUGGGCAUGUGGCUGGGUUAUUACUUUCACCUUCAAUUUAUUAAUGCAAUGGAAUGCAUCAGGAACAUUUUUAAUAUUUUCCUCCGUCUCAGCCGUGUCGAUCGUGUUUAUCUAUUUCAUAGUGCCUGAGACGAAAGGAAGAUCACUCGAAGAAAUACAAACAUUGCUUUCGAAUUAUGGUCACUAAUACCAAAGUAUCAUUUUAUUUCUUGUUGAAAGAAAAUUGAUAAAAAAGAAGAAAAAAAAGAGUUAUACAUCUAUUAGUGUUCAUGUGAGUUUGACUUGUGUUGGAUGAUUAUCGAUUUUUUAUUUGGAGCCUAAAACAAUACUAUGUCAUAUUGUCAUUGUUUAUGUUAAAAUAAUUAACUAUAUAUCUAAUACUAUCAAACCAGAAUCCUUCUAAAAAAUCUAAGUUAUUUAUAAUUUAAAGUCCUAAAUC